GUUCGUUAGUUACACGACCGACAUACUCGACGAACAGGGCCACGGUUAGUUAUGCAGCCGUUGAGCUGUGCAAGCUUCUUGCUUGGGGUGGCCGUCCUAUCGGCCACCCUUGAGCCCUUCGUCGCCAUUGCGCACAGAGAGUUGCUGACGGCAACCGACAGCGUGAGAGGACCGGAAACCAGGCUGGAGCCCACUGUCGACAAAACCAUCACAGACGAGGGAAGCAGAAGCAAUGCACUGACAAGAGGAGAGAUGGUUCUUGGAGAUGCAGCCAUGGAGAAGACGGAUGAUAGAAGCACGUCAAGCUCAGCUGCAAAACAUUCUGUUGGACAAUGUGGGCAUGGAGGAGGGAAGGAUCUGAGUAUGGACUGUUAUUUUAGGAGCAGGAAACUUCAUCCAGGGGCUUACUUCGAUGGCCACAUACCCUUCACCGCUGAUUACCGUAGACCACGGAACCACCCGCCCAAGAACAACUAGGAGUGGGUAGGGUAUAGCUAGCUUGUUUCCCUUGCCUUUUUUCUUUUUCUUUUGGCUGGCCAUUCUAUUUGUCAGAUAUGGCCUUCCUUCUUGUUAGAUAUAGGUGUUUAGUGACGUUGUGUUUCUCCUGUGGCAUAAUAGUAAUAUCAGUGCUUUUACUUUA